GUCAUCGCUGUCAGCUCUGCUGGCUCGUGCUCACGUGACCGACGUGUGUCCAAUCAUGUCGACCCCGUCGGCCCAGCCGAGCAGCGUCAUCAUUGGUCGAGCCGAACCUCUGCAGCGUCAGACAGCGCGCUGCUGCUGUCACUCAACCUUCCCAGACGCGCGGGCCCUUGACGUCACGCGUCCACGCGCGUGUGCAGAGGCGGAGGCUGGGGAAUGUAGUUCCGCGCCUUGGUUUGCGCGUCAGAGUUGGACCGAGUCGGACUCCAUGUCCCAGCGGCCACGUCAGGCGGCGCCAGGAGUCGCUCGUCGCACCGAGUGACUCGGUCGCUGCCGGUCAGUUUCCCUCAGACGCCGGUGAAGUUCGCCGGGUGUGUGGCAAGUCAGUGGACCAUUUUUCCCAGAGCAAGAGGCGUCUUCGUGUGCUCGUGCGCACGAGGACGAACUUUGACCCCGCGUGUUUGCGAAGCAGCGUGACCGAGGAGGAGGACGGGAGGUGCUCUGGUUUCGGUGGCAGUGUUGUUGUCACGUGUCGCCCUUUGACUCAGCAGGAGGCGCGUGGAUCACGACUCACCACAGACCAGCCCAACUGGAGGCACCUGAGUGGCCCUGUUCUGCCGCAGCUCCCACAUGAGGAAGCUGUGGACCGGAGCCGGCCUGCUGGGCUCAGUGUCGGUGGGUCUGUGCUCCGUGCUGUGGACGCAGAGGAAACCAGGCGGCUGCUCCUCCACCGAGCCACACGCCGCCUAUGAGCUGAAACUGGUCCAGGUGUUGUUCCGCCACGGAGCCAGGACGCCGCUCAAGUCCAUCCCUGACGUGCUGGAGGCCCAGUGGACCCCGGCGCUGCUGGAGCCGCCGCCUCACACUCGCAUCCGCUACGUGGUGACGGAUCUCCACGGCGGGCCCAAGCCCUCGUCGGCGGUGGAGGACAGUUACCGAAGGAACGUUCUGAGCGGCGGCUCCUUCCCGGGUCAGCUGACCACGCUGGGCAUGCAGCAGCUGUACGACCUGGGCGCCAGGCUGAGGAGGAAGUACGUGGAGCAGGGAGGCUUCCUCAGCCCCGCCUUCGACCCCUCCGAGGUCUACGUCCGCUCCACCAACGUCGUGAGGACCAUCGAGUCGGCCACGUGUCUGCUGGCGGGACUCUUCGAUCAGAAGCAGCGAGAUGUGGUUUCCAUAGCGACGGUGGCAGCCCAGCAGGAGAUCCUGUACCCCAACUAUCACGGAUGCCAGCUGCUGAAGCUGCUGGGCAGACACCGCUGGGCCGAGUCGUCCGCUCUGCCUGACAUCGCCGGGGACCUGAAACAGAUCCACCGAGAACUGGGCAUCGCCCCUCAGGAGCCGGUGGACUUCAUCCUCAUCAGAGACGACAUGGUGGCGCGACAGACCCACGGCCUGCCGUCCCCGGAGGCUCUGCACUCCUGGAGCGAGAGGGUGGAGCGCAGGUCGGUGGACAUGAUCUGCCACAUCUUCCAGCCUGACAACAGCGAGAGCCUGCAGCUCUCCGUCGGACCGCUGCUGCACAUCAUGCUGACCAACAUGGAGCAGAAGAUCCAGGCGGCCUCGGAGCCCGGCAGGAGGCUCUUCCUGUACUCGGCCCACGACACCACUCUGGUGCCGUGUCUCAUGGCUCUGGGCAUCUUUGACAUGCGCUGGCCGCCGUUCGCCGCCGACAUCACGCUGGAGCUGCUGCAGCACCGUGCCACCAAGGAGCCCGUGGUGAAGGUCUCCUACAUGGAACAGGAUCAGCUGAUCCCCGGCUGCAGUGGGGUCUACUGCCCCCUGGAGGAGUUCAAGCGCGCCGUCUCUGCCUACACUGCCAGUCCGGAGCUCUACCAGCAGCUGUGCGACAGCCGCGCGGAUGCUGGCGCCCACUGAGCCACCACCUCCUGCACACACUGUUGUGCCACCCCAGCCAAAGCCAUCUCACUGGACUGUGGAAGAGCACGGUGCCAUCGGACGCCUGGAGCCGCAGGUCGGCACCACAGCAGUGAAAAAGCUCGACCGCGCACGUUCACCAUGAGAGUUCACUGCUGCCACCUGUCAUUCCCGCCUGCUGCGCUGUAGAGCUCUGAAUCUGGCCUCAAAUAAAGGGUCUCUGACGUCA